GAUCCCUUCCCUUCCUCGACAGCAAAGCCGAGAGAUCGGCAUCGCACCGGUACACGCCGAAAGUCAGUCCGCAGUGUACCUGCGCGCUCCGCGACGACAUGUGCGCGCCGCCGCACCGAGACUGACACUUAUCAUCGAGCUGCACUUUUGCCGUGAUAUUUUUACGCGUGUCUCUCGUCGUCGACGAUAAUUUUUGAGAAAAAAAAAAAAGAGGUGCUUCGCUGUUCUAACACACAGGACUGAAGGAGAUAGCCGAGUUUUGUUUUUACUCUCGCGGAGGAAGAUCCAAGUGCCGAGAUUGCGGAAGAGAACGUCGCCGUAUCUAUAUACAAACUGUGGAGAGGGACAGGGACAGUGACAAGCAACGAUGCGCUUCCUCAAACUGACUGUAAUUCUGGCCUGCGCGCUCGCGGUCCUCGCCGAGAAGGAUGAGACGAAGAGCCGCGACAAGCGGCAGCACCUGUCGUUUAGCCAGCGUCGUGCCGGUCGGCCGCCUCCCUACGCCGUGCAGAUGGAGCCGAUAGCCCACUACUCGCAGCGCGACCCGCUCUACAACCCGCUGGCCGCCGACUCCAAGAGCGACGACCAGGGCUACUACGAGGAGUCGCCGUACAACUACUACCCCACCGAGCCCGAGCCCAUCAUCGAGAUCAUCAUCAAGGAGUCGAACGAGUCGUUACCCACCCCCCUACCGGUCACCCCGCCGCCCCAGCCCAAGACCAAGAAGGAACCCAUCCAGGUCUUCUACGUCAAGUACGAGAAGAAGCAGGCCUACGGCGAGGACAAGCCGCGAGUGGUCUACGACACUCCCAUCCCCGCCAUCACUCCCGUCGAGGAGCACGAGGAGAUCAGGCCCGACGAGCCCGAGGGUUACCCCUCCGCGGAGAACCUGCAACCGGUCACCCAAGCGCCCGAGCCGUCCACCACUCUGCGAGCCAUCAUCCGACCGGACAGCGGCGUCUAUCACGCCGGCAGCAGCGGACUCCGCGUGACGUUCGAUACCGAUCAGGUGCCGCCGAACAACCACAACAAGCGCAGCGACAAGGACUCGCCGGCCGAGCUGCUGGCGGCCAAACCCACGGCACUGCCGCCCCCGGGAUCGUCCAAGAGGCCCCACGGACCCUUCGCGCCGAUCCAACCGAUCCCGCCGCGCGUCACCCCGGCCUUCCCUCAGCAGCGAGUGGUCAACUCGUUUCCUCAGCAGCAGCAGCAGUUCCAGGGACCGCCUCAACAGGGCCCGCCGCCGAACUUCAACCUGCAGCCCCAGUUCCACCAGUCGGUGCCGCCGCACAUCCGCAACCAGUACCAGCCGAUCACCAGCCUCAACCAGCAGAGGCCCCAGCAGAGACAGCCGAUCACCAUCCAGGGCCUGCCCGAGCUUCAGCAGCGGCUGCCCUUCAACGCCUUCGCGCCGCCGCACAGGUUGAACGUCAACCAUCCCCAACAGCCUGGAUCGCCUUCGGUAUCGCACCAGAACGUCCAGCUGCAGAACUACCCGCAGCAGCAGCAGCUCUUGCCGCAGAGUCAACCUCCAGUCAACUUCAACUACGACCCGGCGCUGCAGUACAAGCAGCAGCGGGAGCAUGAGAAGCAGCAGUUCUUGCAGCAGCAAAGGCAGCAGGAACACCAGAGGAGGCAGCAGGAGCAGCAGCGACUCCAGGAACAGCAGAGACAGCAAGAGCAGUACAGGCUCUUGGAGCAGCAGCGCCGCAAGCAAGAGCAGGAGCAGAAGUUGAGGGCUCAACAGCAGCAGCAGCAGCAGCAGCAGCAGUUCCAGCAGCAGCAACAGCUGCAGCAACAGCAGCAGCAACGCCAGCAGCAACAGCAGCAGUACAAGUUCGGUCAGACUCAGCAGGCUCAACAGCAGGUGCUCCAGAAGCAGCAGAACGCCGGUGACAUUCUGAAGGCCAUUCCGAAACUGGAGCAGCACUACACCAUCCGGGAGAACCCGCUGCACCCGGGUCCCUUCCCGCCGAACCCGCAGUACGCCGACGUCAACACGCAGACGUCCUUCGGGCCGCUGAGCAACGCUCAGUUCACCACGACUCAACCUCAGUCGAACCUGGUACUCCAACAGCAGCAGCAGCAGCAACCGCAGCAGCAGCAACCGCAGCAGGUUCAAGGUCAGCAGAAGUUUGGCAACCACAUAUUCAAACAACAGCAGCAGCAGCAACAGCCACAGAUAAUCCAGCACCAGCAGCAGCAGGCCAUCUACCAGAACCAGCAGGCUUUCUUCGCCCAGAACCUUCCCACGCCUCAGCAGCAGAGGCCUCAACCUCAACAGCAGCAGCAGCAGCAAGAGACACCCUCGCCGUCGAUCUGGGGCAGACCCGUUUUCCAGGGCAAGAACCUCGACUCGAAGAUCUACGCCACGCCGCUGACCAAAACCAAUGACGACUUCCAGAAGUUGUCCGCGUCAACCCCCAACGGCCUCCUCCGCUACAACUCGGCCACGACGCCUAGGCCCAGCACGGUGACCAACCCACCGACGACCCGCAGCACGACCACUCCUCUGACGACGACCGCCGCGCCGACGACGACUACCAUCUCGCCGAAGAACGAGGCCAAGAUCAAGGAGAACAUCGCCAACCUGCCCGACGAGGUUCCCGACGACAUCCGCGAGCAACUGCUGAGCUCGGGCAUCCUCGGCAACGCCGACAUCCAGAUCCUCGACUACGACAAGGUCGGCGGCAUCAACAUCGGCGACCUGCCACCCGAAGCCCUGGCCAACUUCUACGGCGCCGGCGGCGCUGCCGCCACUUCCGCCGCCAGCGAGCCCGUGCCCCAGAUAGCCAAGCGGCCCAAAACCAUCGACGAGGUUCAGGUCGUCGCCCCGUCGAGCAAUGCCCUCCAGCGUACGCGCACCGAGGAGGUGACGCUCCGGCCCGGCGGCGUCGAGAUGAAAGUCGUCCGAUUCGAUCCGAACACAGCCCAGGGCCAGUCGAUAGCCGAGCGGCACAUCAACGAGAACGCGACGCGUCUCAGUCCCGUAGCCGUGGGAGAGCGCGAGCCGAGCGACGCCUCGGGCAGCUACAAUCGCUACCUUCCGCUCAAAGUGAGCGGCGCCUCCUUUCCAAUUCCGAGCGCGCCCGAGCUCGCCGGCAAGAAGAUCUCCUCGGUGGUGGUCCUCGCGCCCGUCGACUACAGCUUCCAGCCGUCGGAUGCGGACUCGUCCCGCCAGAGCCGGAAGAUCGGCAGCGACGUCCGCUUUCUCGCCGGUGAGUCGCUCAAGCAGCUGGUGAGGAAGCCCUCGGCUGAGAACUACAAGCGAUGGCUCGAGCAGGAGAAGCAGACGGAGCCCCAGAGGCAGUCCGUCGUUCUCCUCGUCACGACGCCAAAGGACGACGCCGACGCUGAGAAGGAGAUCUUCAUGUACGACGUGACGUCCGACAGCGUGAGCAAACUGGCCGGUGACCUGUCGACGGCGUUCGUCGACGCGGCCGAGAGCAAUUCCGACGUCGACGCCGAUCCCAUGAGCGACGUCUCGAAUUGAGCGACGAAGUAUGGAGAUGACGUGUGUACGCUUGCGAGCCUCACGUAUUCACCGGAGAGCGAGAAUUCCAGUGAUGCUAAUGAGCGCUUUUUACAUACACUUUAAUUGUGCCAACGACGACUCCGAGACGAGGAGAGCAGAGACGAUAUAUUAUAUCGAAAUCGCGGUAUAUGUAGAUUUAUCGCCGAGAGAACGAGAGAAAGAGCGAAAGAGAGAGAAAGGACGCUUUGGUUGCAUGUAGCGUUUUUUAUUUUUUUUUUGCAAAUGAGCCUCGAGUGUAGAUACUUUAGUAAGCUAUUAUUUUGUAUAUAUUUUUCAAGAUUUUUAUACUUUUUUAUACGUAAUACAUUUUUAUAUAUUUCUAUAAAAAUUUGAGAAAAACAACAACAACGUCUCGUUAUUUUCCAAACCUCUGAGAUCCCGAGCGAUUUGGCAAAAAUUCGGUUAUCUUCGAAUUUAUUUACAAAACAUUUACAUGGA